CGCCUAUCUACUUAAGGCAAGAGAGAAAGCUCUUUCCUCUCAACUCCCCACUUCCUCACUUCCCUUCCUCAACUCUUCAUCAACUCACCUCACUUUCUCACACCGCCUCGCACACUUGAGCAAUGUCCAACCACACAUCCUCUCUGGGCGAACACCCCCUCGAGCGUUCCCGCGAAUCCGUGGUCAGCGUAUCCAAAGUUUCCAAAUCCAUGAAGCAGUGGCUCUCUCCGCAGAGCCAACCUGUUCAGCUCUUACCUCCAACGCCCGUCGAUCCCAGAGACCCAGCUCCCCAACUUCUUCCAACCGCAGUACUGAAGUCUAGGCUGGGGCCUUCAACAAACCCUGUCGACACAGCCUAGUUUGUUUCUCGACUCGGUAACGAUAAAGGCACAUCUCAUGACGAGAAUCGAUCCUCGCAGUACGAUACACUCGUGAACAGCCCCAUGGCCAAGCUGGUCCCGUCGAAGGGGUCUGUCAGCCUACAGCAGUCUACCUCUGAAGUUGAGGAUCAGGAUCCGACAUCAGAACAGACCGAACCAGCCAGAAAGAGGCGAUCAGAGUCCGACAGCGACGAGGUUUCGCAGCAGCUCAUUUCGAGCGAAAUGGUCAACCUCGACAGAAAGGCUCCACUUCCUGCACCGCUUCACGUUAUUGAAGCCUUCGCAUCUCAAGACUUAGCACCUGGACUGAAGCCGAAGCUGAGCAGCCCUGAUUGGAGCGUCAGUGAGCUGGAAAGUCCUCAGAGUGACUCGACUCCUCUACCCGUCAACAGCGAUGGCGCAGAUUCGACCGGGCCUUGGGGUUCUCUUCACCCUCUUCCAGUUAACCACCGCGCUCUCCCUGUUGCAAAAAUUGGUCUCGGCCGGAUAACCAAAGGAUGGGCGGCUACGUGCUCGAACCCGCCUACCGCAGAGUUCUUCCACGAUGGAACUCGGGACCCGUUAUCCGACCAACGCGACAUUGAUACGGGAGAUGGAACCCUCCUAUCACCAGUGGAGUAUCCCGAAACCCACAAGUCUCAGAAUCCCGGGCAGUGCCAUGAUGUGCGAGACCUCAACUGGCGCCAGGCAAAUAUGACAUCGGAGUUGUGGAUUGCAAGGGAGAUCAAGAACCGCAACCAGAUUGCUCAAAGAAUCAGGGCUGAGAUUGAAGAAAACAACAAAGUAGCCCAGCCCACCCCUGUUGAGGAACCUUGGCCGACGGCGAACUGCCUUCUACGACCAGCAACACCGAACGACUUCUCCGGCAUUGCUGCCGUCAUGAACAAAGAGAGUAGGCAAACCAAGUCCCCGCAGGGGCUUGGUCCUGCCACUACUGGCACUCAAGAUAUUCGAAGAAUAUAUGAGAACUGCCGUCGCAAUAAGCGACCAUUCAUCGUGGCUGUCCCGUCAGCAAGCAUUCUUUUGGAUCGGUCGAAGUGGCCGGAGGGGGCAGACAAUGAGUACGAAGAAUUUGUCCGGUUCAAACGCACCCAAAAGUCUUCAAGUGACGAAAAAACCAUUCUGGGGUUCGCUUUUGUCACGGACUCCAGGAUGGAUGUUUUUGGUUCCCCCUCUUACGGCUCGAGGUUUACGGGACGCAUCACAGUGGUGGUCGACCCAGCCCAUCGCCGAAAGCUGUAUGGAUCCGCGCUCCUUGACCGCAUUCUACUUUCUGUCGCAGCUUACCACGGAAGUCUGGUCGACUACAAGUGGGAAUGCUCCGAGCCGGCGUCAAUUUACGAGCACACAGUAACCAGAAACUGGCGACAGUACGCUCGCGUCUACAUCGAGGCCCUAUUCCAAGGAGAGGAGAAUAUCGACCAGAGUUGGAUCGGUAAGAUGCUCGAAAAGUUUGAGUUCAAACGUGUCGCACGGUUUGAGCAGGCAGUUCGAGCUGGCAACUCAACAGAAAGCGAAUGGUUAGAUUUGGCCGUGUGGGAACUUCAGGCCCGCCCAGCUAAGGAGAUCGGAGAUGACACACCUUCAAAACUAGCAAUGUACUGA